ACCCCUUGCGGACCAAGCCCACGAUCUUGUCUUCAGAGGGAGAAAGUGACACAGGCGAGCCUCGUGCAUGCAGCGAACGGAGGAUACGUUGUGUAUACAGAUAAAUCAAGGAGGAUACGUUGCCGAGAUUCUACACUGUUUCACGAGAAACUUGUUUCGUUCUAUUCAGUUGAAAUCAUCAACUCAAGCGCGCGGAUUUGGAUUUUAAACAUCGAUGAGACCUACCCUGGCGACAGACAUGGAGUCCCUCCAAAGCUGUGUCCACCAUGUCCCUCUCUGUGCGCCCCUCGCGCAGGGUCGUUGCCAGAUCCAUCACUAGGAGCCAGUCCUUCGCUGGAGUCAACUCCUACGAUAAGUCCUACAGGAACCUCUCUGUGUUCAGCACCCCUGCGUGUUUAAGGAAGACUCCCUCUAGGGCAAGCAGGAUGUUCUCACACUCCACUAAAUCACCUCCUCCAAAGGUGCCCCAGCCCGAGAGGAUGGAUGAGGUGUAUGAGGCCCUGAAGAGAGGACUGCAAUCUUACCUGCAGGUCCAUCAGAUGGAGCUGGACAGUCUGAAUAGACAAAUGAAAGAAUCCAAGAGAAACUCUCGCUUGGGCUUUCUGUAUGAACUUGACAAGCAAGUGAAAGUGAUUGAGAGAUUUAUGAGACGGCUGGAGUUUCAUCUCAGUAAGAUCGAUGAGCUCUAUGAGGCCUAUUGUAUGCAACGCAGACUGAGAGAUGGAGCAAAUAAGAUGGUGAAGGCUUACACGGCUUCUCCAGGCAGCAGAGAGGCCAGAGAGAGUCUGUCUGAAGCCAACAAGAGCUUCAAAGAGUACACAGAGAAUAUGUGCAUGCUUGAGAGUGAGCUGGAGAACCAGCUGGGGGAGUUCCAUGUCAAAAUGAAGGGCCUGGCUGGUUUUGCGCGACUCUGUGCAGGAGAUCAGUAUGAGAUAUUUAUGAAGUAUGGUCGCCAGCGGUGGAAGCUGCGAGGUCGGAUUGAGAUCAAUGGCAAGCAAGUGUGGGACAGUGAGGAGAUGGUCUUCCUCCCCCUCAUCACAGAGUUCCUGUCUAUAAAGGUGACAGAGCUGAAGAGCCUGGCCAAUCAUGUGGUGGUGGGGAGUGUCUCGUGUGAGACAAAGGACCUGUUUGCUGCCUUGCCCCAAACUGUAGCUGUGGAUAUCAAUGACUUGGGUACCAUUAAACUCAGUUUAGAGGUGUCAUGGAAUCCAUUUGACAAAGAUGACCAGUCGUCUUCAGCUAGCACUGUUAACAAAGCUCCUACUGUCAACAAACGCUUCUCCACAUACAACCAGAGUCCUCCAGACACGCCGUCUUUGCGGGAACAGGCCUUCUAUAAUAUGUUGAGGAGACAGGAAGAGAUGGAGAAUGGAACAGCGUGGUCAAAUUCCUCUGAAUCCUCAGACGAUUCAUCCAGUCCCAAGCUUUCCUUGGGAAUGCGUCACGCACAUAACAACUUUGUCCAGCCUGAGGUACAAGCUGCUCCUCCUGCCAUUGAAAUCUCUUUUGCCCCCCGUCACUCAGCAAACUCUACUCCCACCCGCCUGGCCAAUCAGAAAGAAGAGGACAAGGAGGAGGAAGAGGAAAAGGAUCUUAAGAAACCAGUAGCCAAAACAGUUACCAUUAAGGCCACUGUGAAACAGGAAGUGCCCAACGGCCAUCCCCGAUUUUCCCGCUCUCUUAGCCACAUCAGCGAGAACAGUGUAGAUGGUGUUUUGACAGAUAGAUUGACUGGGGAAUCCUUGGAGACCACUGAAGUGACUUCAGUGGUCUCUUUGAUAUCAGUAAGUGACAUGGAUAAGCCCCACAGAGCAGAACCAUGUUUUGUCAUAGCAGAGACUCAGGAGAUCUGCCCUGUUCCUGUUCCAGCCACCUGUGAACCAACCUGCACAGCUGAGCCAUUGAACUGUCCAGAAAGUAACUCCUGCAAGGAGCAGCAGGGUCUUCCUUCUGUAACCACAGCCUGUGUCUUAUCUGAAAAAGCUAACAAAGAGCUUAGAUCUAGGCCAAGCUCUAUCUCCUACACUUUUGGAGAGAGAGACUCUUCUCCCAGUGCUAUUGUCUUGUCCCAUCAGAUGGACACUGGAGCAUCUAGGACUGAUCUCUCAGCACAGAGCCAUGAGCCAUGCCUCACAAAGUUACAAACAGACAUUGUGCUAGCCAAGAGGUCUGGUUCCUCUGCAGAGACUAGACCCACGGAUGGUGUGGAAGCACUGUCAGCAGACAGCAGUGUGGAGGAAGCCCUUAGUGCAAUUAUGUCCUCCCUUGAUGACUACAGAGGCCAGUUCCCAGAGCUGCAGGUCUUGGAGCAAGAGCUGAAAUUGUUGGAUGAAGCACUAACAGUACGGAGUCGCAGUCGUUCGUCCAGUGUCAGUUUGACAGUUGAGACUGCUCUUGGAAGCUUUGACUUCCUCAAUACAGCAGACCUGGAAGAGGAAGAAGAUGAGGAGGAUGGUGAGAGACAGAGUGUGACAAACAGCACUGAGGUGUGGCCAGCGGCAGUGGAGAGUGCAGGGGAGGAUGAGGGUUGUGAGGUGGGAUGUUGGGACACUCCCUCUGAUCCUCUCAGCACAGGGUGUCCAGCUCUAGAUCAUACCCUACUGGUUCAUCUGAAGAACUGCAGCUCACAGCUACUGAGGUUAGGCACAUUUGGACCUCUGCGCUGUGGGGAGAUGUAUGCUCUGGACCGUCUCCUCAGGGAGGCUCGAGUCCUCGAACUCAUACGAUGGGUUGUCAAGGACUCAAGGGGUGGUGUGAAACAACCAGAGGAGGUUGUUCCUCAAUUAGAUCAGUGCCAAGGGGCUGUGUUGCUAUGGCGGCAGUGCAUGGAUGGCUACAGUGUGUACAGCACCUCCACAGAGGCUUUCUUACAGGAGCUCAGCAAUGCUUACACCAGCAAACUCCCUGAGAGAGGAGCCGGCUUUGCAGACAUGGUGUUUCUGCGUCUGGUGGAACGGGUCCUUGAGAGAAAGCUGCCUAGGCGUGGUGGAGGUGCAGCCAAAGAAACGCUCACACUCUUCCAAUUUUGGAGCUACCUGGAAGCAGAGGGAGUGAAUGAACUGGAAACACACAUGACCGAGCUUGCUGAAGAAGUGUGGCUAGUUCAGUGCCUACAGUCUGGAGACCAGGAUGUUCUGGUUAAGUCUCUGAAGAAACCUCCAGAGUGCAGUCUGAAGAGGGAGGGUUUACGGACAGUCAGUCUGCUGCUGAGGGACCCAAGGGGGAAAGUGUGCAGUACAGCCAGCUCUCUGCUGCGUAGUCUAGCUGACCAAACCCGCCACAGGGAGAGGGCGCUUGUGAGCUGUCUUGAACUGCUGGAGGAUGAGAGCAUUGAGACGCGAGUUUGUGGAUGUAAAGCACUCGCCUGUCUGAAGGCCAAAGAGAGCAUUGAGCAGCUGGUGUAUCUGUGCCGGACAGAUAAGGAGGAUGUGAGGGAUGCAGCCAAACAAGCUCUGCUUGUGCUAGGUGAGGAGGGGAAGAUGGCCCAUCAACACGUUGAGUCCUCAAAAGAUGGAAUGUCACGCAUUUUUGCACCUGGCAGUAUGACCAGUACCUCAUUCUAACAGCGCGAUACUCGGAAACAAUGUGCUAAUGUCUCAGUAUAUUCAUCCACAUGAUCAUACAAUUAAAAACUAUUAAAAUGCACACUAGAAAAAACAAUCAAAUUGUGCAAGUGCACAUCAGUGUGAUCGUUCAAUGGCAGUGUGUUCCAUAGUGUCCUCAAAGACAUGGACAGAUAUCAACACAAUCAUUUGACAAGAGGACAUGUAUGUCAGUCUGUAUGUUAUGAAUAUUUUAAAUAUGGCCUAAGAUAAAUCACUGUUAAGUGAAUAUUAAUAUAAAGAGAGUGGGUUUAUUAAGAAUGUUUUGCUGACUUAUGAUUUGGCCCUUGACAAUUCAUGAAAGCUGGACCUUGAUCAGAAAUACAAGUGAUGACUUUACUGCUAGUGAUGGGAGAUAAAGUGUUUUCAGUUUAUUGAUUAAUGCAGGCAGCUGCUACCUGUGGAGUAAAUAGAGAGCAUAGUUUUCCACUUUGUCAAGAGUGUUUGUGUUUGUGUGUACAUAUUGAAUGGAGAAUGAAUGUUUGUAGUAGCUGAUUUCACACCACAGAAAGUGGGAUGGGGAUCCUGGAAAGUAUUUUCCUUAAUCCCAAACUAUUUUAGGGACCUUGUUGCCAUUAAAUGUGUAACAGUGCCAUCAUUCCAUAUUGUCAUAUGCUUUAUUGAUACAGAUGUAUAUAUAUAUAUAUAUUCAGUUGGAAGUUUAUAUGUUUAUGUUGUAAUUUAGUUUCGAUUCACCAUGCACUUCUCAAGAUUUAAACCAUUGGCAAUGAUGUAAUAAUAUCUGUUGUAAAAGUGGUGAGAAGCUUUUCUUUUUUAUUCAGAUUUGAAAAUGCCAUUAUUAAUUUGAUUAAAAGAGUAAACUGUGGUGAAUAUUGCCUUUUGCAAUAGUUUCAGACAACCUCUUCAUGCAUGUGAUUUCUAGACUGCAUUUUUUCAAGUGCUGCUUGACAGAAAGCUUCUCCGCUUAACCCAUAUUGCUCAUUUUACAUAGCAUUCAUUUGUCAACAAAUUUGUUUCAGACUUUAUGAUGGACAUAGAACGCCUCCUCAGUGUACAAGUGCCUCAAAUGAAUAUGGGGAGCAUGAGAAUAAGAUACUUUAUUUAAAACUCAAGAUUGCAGUUUAAGAUUACAAACUGCAGGACAGAUUUAAAUAUAUUUUAUUAUUACCUACAGUUUGUGCAGCAUUAAAGAAGUGAUCUACUUUUGAUUUCUUUUUCUCCUCUAAAUAUGUAUAAUAUCUGACAAGGAUAUCGCUGCCAUCAACUGUAAAGGAAACUAUUAAAAUUAUGA